CAUGAGGCCAACAUGCCGACAUCACGGCGUUGUAGUUGUAGGUCCGACUAGUAUGUUAUGGUACCCGUGAAGUGUCUAUUAUUGCGUUUUUUCUUGUUUUUCAUUUCAUCGUUGCCAUGACGUGUACGUCAACGAACGAAACUUACGCAGUACGCAGUUCUAAGAACAGAUGUUAUACUUGAGAUAGCCAUGCGUUUGCGGAAAAAAAGAAAGAAGUAGCAUUUUACGCCGGCACGAGCGGUCUUCUGCUGCAGAAUGUUUCCUUAAAAAUUCGUGAACUUGACCUUUGCGCUGGAAUUACCUUAAUGAUAAUGUAAAAAGCUCUAAAGAAUCACCUGGCGUGUAGUAAGGUUCCGGCACUACUGUGGUGAAUGACAAUGAAGCUAACAUUGCUUCUGGUGCUACUGAUUCAUCAAGCCCUCUGCAACCAGCAGGCACUCACAGUAGUGAGCGGCACGAAUGGCGACGGAGAAGAGACAACGGUUGAGCAGGAUGAUGAGUCGUCCUCUGAUGCACCGCCGAGUCAUUUAUUCCAGCCAGAGAAGGAAUGGAAGGAGGUGAAACCAGGAGAUGUGCUGCCACCUGGUCUCCACGUACGCAUGGACCUCACUACAGGGCGCAAGGAGGCCAGACUUCUCAACGAAGAGCCCAAGAAACCACAAGGACCCAAAGAGAAGGAACGUGUUCGCUUGGAGUCUGACGACUUCAAAAAUUUUAUCAAAGACCUACGGGAUGAUCCCCAUGUAGAUGAACCUGGAGUCUCUGCAGUAUAUCGUAGCAUGGAAGAGAUCAAGCAGGAGAUGAGCAGCCUGAAGCUGGAGGCCAGGUCAGAGUCGGAACUCCUCGAAAACCUCCUGACACGCUACCAGAAUGCCACCCCCGAAGGCAAGGUUCCCCUCUUGCAAGAUAUGGAGUUCAUUUUGCAUCAGUACGAUGCAGCGCGGGAUUUCAUUAGAAUGGGUGGAUUGGUGGCUUUGGCUCCGGACCUGAACGCAACCAUCGACGAGGUGCGAGCGCUUGUGGCAUCUACGCUGGGCUCUGCAGUACAGGGCAAUCCGGAUGUCCAGAGCAGAGUGCUAGAAGCGGACCUAUUGCCUGCCCUGUUGCGGCUCGCGGCACUGGAUGCCUCGCAACGUGUUCGUUCCACUUCAUUCUUUGCUCUUUCCUGCCUGGUGAGGAAUUUCCCCCAAGCGCAGUCGCAGUUCCUGGCACAGGGUGGGCUCAGCGUAGUGGCUGCACUCAUGGGGCCCGCAGGAAUAGAUUUCAGAGGUGACUAUGUGGGAUCGAAGCUUGCUCUCAAGGCACUAAUUCUUCUGCAUGAUUUGGUUGAAGAGCAAAGCGUCAUAAAGGAUAGCACCCACACAGAGUUGCUGGCAAGCAUUCGCCUUCACGGUAUAUGCAGCCGGGUCGGUCCACUACUCCACAGUCCCGAACUGGACACGCAAGAAAAGGUGGUUCGAGCUAUGCUGGCCCUCGUCGAACCGUGCAGGGUACAGUUUCGCGAGACGGUGCCCCAGCUCAAGAAACUAGUCGAAGCGUACCGACACAAAGCGGCCGAAGAACUGAGUGCGGACGGCGGCGGAAGCCCGUACUUUGAAGGGCUACUCGCGACAGUUGAGCAGCUGUUGCGGACUUUGACCGUGCAGGCCAAAGAAGAACUGUGAAGACCAUGAGGGCUUUGAGCUGGUGACACUUCCAGAGAGUAGCUGAACUGUUCACGUGUGAAUGCAAGCCUCGGGACUGAAUUUGGCCAAUAAAUUUUCACUAUCGGCGCGA